UCCUUUCCUACACAUCAACGGUUCAUGUUUCGCAAAGUCCCACCCUUGUAAUUAUAAAAUUUAUAAUUCACUUCCUUUGCUACUACCACUUGAAAAGCAACUUUUAGCGCAGGCCCUUGCGUCUCUUCACGCACUCUCUCACUCGCUCCCUCUCCAACUCUUUCCCUCUCAAAUGGAUUGUUAUUCUUCUCAAUGGCCGCCUUUACUGAUAUUCUUCGCUUUGAUAAUUUUCACACGCGCUCAGCUUCCUGGCACGUGGGAGCUUCUGGUCCCUAACGCUGGAAUUGCCUCCAUGCACACUGCAGUGACACGCUUCAACACCGUUGUCCUCCUCGACCGGACUAACAUUGGCCCAUCUCGGAAAAUGCUGCCCAAAGGCCAUUGCCGCUUUGACCCUAAGGAAAUUGUCCUCAAGCGCGAUUGCUAUGCUCAUUCCGUUCUCUUCGAUCCUCAAACCAAACAAAUCCGACCCUUAAUGAUCCUCACCGACACUUGGUGCUCUUCGGGUCAGUUUCUCCCUGACGGUACCCUCUUGCACACCGGUGGUGACUUGGAUGGCCACAACAAGAUCCGAAAAUUCGAACCGUGUGAACCGAACGGUUCUUGUGACUGGGUGGAGCUUGACGACGUAAAAUUGAGUGAGGGGAGGUGGUAUGCUACGAACCAGAUAUUGCCGGAUGGUUCGGUGAUUAUCGUCGGUGGGAGAGGAGCGAACACUGUAGAGUAUUAUCCCCCAAGAAACGGAGCCGUUUCCUUCCCGUUUCUCUAUGAGGUGGAGGAUCACCAAAUGGACAAUUUGUAUCCUUACGUCCAUCUCCUCCCUAACGGCCAUCUCUUCAUCUUCGCAAACAAUAGGGCCGUCUUGUAUGAUCACGAGACCAACAGAGUGAUCAGAGAGUAUCCGCCGUUGGAUGGAGGCCCGCGAAAUUAUCCAUCUGCUGGAUCAUCAUCUAUGCUGGCGCUGGAGGGUGAUUACUCUACGGCUAUGAUUGUUGUUUGUGGCGGGGCCCAAUAUGGAGCAUUUAUCGAAAAGAGUACAGACACCCCGGCUCACGGCAGCUGCGGACGCAUUGUUGCGACGUCGCCGGACCCGGUUUGGGAAAUGGAGACUAUGCCAUUCGGGCGGAUCAUGGGCGACAUGGUAAUGCUUCCAACUGGUGAAGUGCUCAUUAUUAAUGGAGCUCAGGCGGGCACCCAAGGGUUCGAAAUGGCAUCCAACCCAUGCUUAUAUCCACUUUUGUACAGACCGGACCAACCUGCCGGGUUAAGGUUCAUGACGUUGAACCCGGGAACUGUGCCCAGAUUGUACCACUCAACCGCUAACCUGUUACCAGAUGGGCGGGUCUUACUUGCCGGAAGUAAUCCGCAUUAUUUUUACAAAUUCAAUGCCGAAUUUCCCACAGAAUUACGAAUCGAAGCUUUUUCGCCGGAAUACUUGUCCCCUGACCGAGCCAAUGUUCGACCAGUAAUCGAAGAGAUUCCCGAUACGGUACGCUACGGCGAGGUUUUUAAUGUCUUAAUUUCGGCUCCAUUGCCGGUGGUGGAGAUCGUACAAGUUAAUUUGGGAAGUGCGCCAUUUGCGACGCAUUCCUUUUCACAGGGUCAAAGGUUGAUUAAAUUAACCGUUACGCCGUCCGUCCCUGACAGUAGCGGCCGGUACAGGAUCGGAUGCACUGCGCCGCCUAAUGGGGCGGUUGCACCGCCGGGUUAUUAUAUGGUAUUUGCGGUUAACCAAGGCGUGCCAAGCGUGGCGAGAUGGGUUCAUUUGGUGAAAUGAUGGAAGGGUUAGCUUUUGAUAGAUGCAAAGAAAUUUUUGUACCUGUUGCUUGUGGAUAUGGUGACGAAUCAUUCGAUUUCAAUUGUGAAAUUGGAAUGAUUUUGUUUGUAAUGAUACAAUUUUAACAUCAAAUCAAUCAAAAGCUGAAAUUAUCCUCGCGUAA